AUGGGCUGCCUCGGCCGCUGCCUCACGCAGCACUGCGCCCGCUCGCCGGCCCUGCAGGUUUUGGGCCUCGUCCGCUCCCGGGCUUUGCCCUCCUCCCGCGCCACCAGCGACCGCUCGGCUUCCUCAGCCCCGGGCCUCCCCACGUUUCGCACCCCCUGUUGGGGCUGGGCCUGGCCAAGAGCCGCCUCCCGCAGCCAAGCGCCGCCUCGCUUCCUCGUCAGCAGCGCCGCCGGGGCGGGGCUCUUUCCUUUUACCCCGGCGUCGGCCUUGAGCAGCCGCUUGUGCCACCACCUCAGCGGAGAAGAGUCCCAGGAAAUGCCCGCAGCCCCCCGGCCAGACUACGAGAGCGAGGACGAGAUGGAGCCCCGCACCCCGAUGGACGCCGAGGCCGCCCUGGAGGGCAGCGGCAAGAAGCGCAAGGUAUCCGGGGAGAGGGAGAAGGGGAGAAGACGCCGGGCCGGCUGGGCCUCGUGGCCGCGAGUGGAGAGGCGAGCCGGGAGGAGGAGGAGCCAAAGGCGGCUUCUCUUCCUCAGCCGCGGCCUUCGGCGGCCGCGUAGUCGAAUUCUCCCUUCUCGGAAGCGCUAGAGCGCGUGGGGCAAGCCGCUGCCACGCGGCUGCCUUUAACAACGUGGGCCUCGCCAGUCUUGCUUCGCUCCUCCAACUCCCCCCCCCCACGCCGAAAUUAUUUAUUUUUUAAAAAACCAAGCACUCCUAAUCUUAUUUAUUUAUUUUUUUAAAAGGGGAAGUGCUUCUUCACGCAGCGCAUAGUUUGUAACUGCGGGGCUCGCGCUCUCAGGAGGCAGUGAGGAUGGCCGCCAACUUGGAUGGCUUUCUGAGAGGAUUAUGCAACGGGAGGAUAAAGCUAUCCAUGGCUACUGGGCAUGAGGGCCAAGCUCGGCCUCCCCAGUUGGAGGCAGCGGCGUUUCUGAAGGCCGGUUGCUGGAAACCACGGGAGGAGAGAGCGCCCUUCUUGUGCUCCUGCUCUGUUCCCUGGUUUCCCGGGGGUGUUUCCUUGGCCACUGUGUGAGCAGGAUCCUGGACUAGAUGGGCCAUUGGCCUCAUCCAGCAGGCUCUUUAUGCUCUUAGUUACUUGCGUGUAAUUCGAAAGAUGCAUGGUUGAGCUGCAUUGUAGUGUAAGCAGUACGUUAUUAUUGUUCAUUAAGUUUGUUAUUCACUUUAUCUUGCCAAACAAGCAAACAACCCCCCCACAUAGAUACAUUAAAGCCAGGGUGAGGGUUACAUAAUAGAAAAUCCCAUCUACUUCUAAAAGGCAACAGAAGUAUGCCUCACUGAUCACAGUGGGACUUUACAUAAGGAUGUAAUGCAUACAAACACAAUGAACUGCAUGGCUUCGAAUAAUAUUGGGGGAAAUGUGUUUUCCAUGUUUCCAUGCCGGGGAGGGGUAGUUAUGCCUGUGCAUAUUAAUUUGAGGUUGUUUGUUUAUUGUAGAAGGAUAAAAAAGAUAAAUCUAAAAAGCAUAAAAUGAAAAUUAAAGAAACACCAACAGAGGAGAAUGAACUGUCUGAUACGGAAUUGGAACCACCCAAACCAAAGAAAAGUAAGAAAAAGAAAGAAGUUUUUGAUGACAUUGAAGUCAUAAUUGCGGAACACAAUACAACAUCCUCCGCCACUAAUGGGGUUGGCAAGUCAAAAAAGCAGGGUAAUGCUGAAGAAUCAAAUACGGAAUGUGAGAGUGACCAAGAUCAGGUGAGAUGAUACCUUCAGACCUACCUUUCAUUUUGUAUACUUAAUUUCAAUGGAAUUUCAGUGCAGAAGUUGGGAAAGGUAAGUGUAUCAACCCAUGUACUGAGACAAGGUGUAGUCAUAAUUCCUUUUCCAAGCACAAUUCAAAGUGUUGAUACUUAAUUUUUGAAUCCUUAACAUGGUUUGGGACUUGAAUACAUGAAGGAAUUCCUUUCUGUGUUUCCAUGCCCGGGGGCUUAGGUUAUCUGUUAUCAUUGUGCCAUCACCUGAAAUGUAGAUUGCAUUGAGAAAAAGUACCUCCUUGGUGUGACAGAACUUUAUAAUCAUUUUGUCACCAGAUGAAGACUUUUUAAACUUCUCCCAGACUCUUUAGGUUCCAAGUUUCAACUGUUUCAAUUACUUAUAUCAAUUGCUGGUUUUAAUUGUCAUGUUUCAUUUUUUGUUAUUGUAAAGACUUUACGGUGGUGUUUUGUUGUGGGUCACCUUGGGAAACAGCAUUUAUUUAAGAUAUUGCCUGAAGGGAAGUAUAGAUGAAAUAAUAAUAAUUAAAAGUAGAAUGUUUCCCAGUCUAGUCCACACAUCUGUUUUCCAGCAUUGGAAAGUUCUGUCCAAAUAUUCCAUACAUUGGAGAUGCAAGGGCAUUUUGUUAAUCUUGGGACUUCCAAGUGCACAGACCCAAGGAUUUGGGUAAACAGGCUGAAGGUGUCCAUUUUCUGGGUUCAGUUUGAGGAUAAAGGGCCUUGUUCUUGUAGAUGCUAUGGCAAAAAAUACUCUAACGUAGGGGUGGCUAACUCCUAAAUUGACUGAAAUUACAGUAAAACACCACAGUAGGAAAAACAGUAACAUCAAGAUGAGUAGCACCAGACUCAUUUAAAAAGAGCUCAUCUGAUGUUUAAAAGGUUGACAAUGAAAAGACAUAAGAGUAAAUGUUUGGGGAGCAUCCGUAGCAAAAGUCCCACAAUUGAGGUGAUGCAGUCAAAAUGUCUGUGGUUGCUUUAGAAGGUGGGGUACCCAGAAGAAUGUCUCUAACACAGAACGCUGCUGUCAAUCCAUGUAAAUACUGAGAUAGAUGGACCAGUGCUCUGAUUCGCAAUGAUGUAGCUUCUGAUGUUCAUAACAUACAUCAAGUUUGGAGGCUACCAGACUUUGUAUGAGGAACUUAAAAUAAUUUCCUUUCACUUGGUUCCCAUUCAAGUAUGUAAUGCAGUCUCUGAGCCACAUCAUCAGUGUUUUGCCCUUGUUUAGCUGUUCUGUUGAUAAAUUAUGUCUGUUGACAAUGUAAUUUCAAUAUAAUAGGCUUGCUGUAAGUGUUUUGUACUGAGGUUUCUGUUCUUUUCUUGUUUAUCUAUACUACAAGUUUAUGAGAGCCUUAUGUACAGGAUAUCUUUGUCCUUAUUUCCCCCCAAGAUGUUUGAAUCUGUGAAAACAUUUACCAGAUAUAUUAAACAUUUUUCCUUCCGGCACUUCUAUCACUUUUUGGAAUAUUUUAAAUUGAUUUUCUAUAACUAAUCUUUUGCAUUAAAAAAAUCCCAACAGGAAUUGACUGAAGAGCAAAAGGAAGGAGACUUUGCCAACUUUAAUCUCUCUAAAGCAACAAUUGACCUCCUCAAAGGUAUGUUCUUUAAAUGUUUACAGUCUGAAGCAGAACACUCCUCUUCCCCCCCCUCCCUGCCCAUUUUCAUCUUGCUCUCACCAGGACUGGUUAUUUCAUUAUGUCUUAGAAUAGUGGCUGAGCAAUAGUAGAUGAGAUUCCAUGUAAGUACAGAAUGAUGCACAUUGGAACAAUAGUCAAAAUUUACAAAUACCCUGAUGCAUUCUAAUUUGGCUGUGAACACCAAGGAGAGAGAUCUCAGAAUCAUAGCUGAAAACAGCUUGGUAUACAGUGACAAUGAAAAAAAAAGCAUAUUUGAUACUGAGACUAGAAAAUAAAAUGGGAAUGAAAAUUUCAAUAUAAUAACCAAACCGUUUGUCUAAAAUGCCAGUUCUAGUAAUUCUAUGUGUUUUUCUUUAAAAAGAAGUUGACUUAAUGCAUACAAACCUUUCACACCUUUUUAUGGUGGCUAUGCAGUGGUAAAGCCUCACAAAAUCUAACACAAAUAAAUUAUAUAUAUACAACUGUAAUGUCAUUUAAUUAUGGAAACCUUAACACACCUGAUGAAAAUGACAAAUCAGACAGCUUCUAAACAUUUUAGACCCAUUUUUAGAUCAUAAUUAUUCUCUCCAAACUGCAGCUCCACCUGAGAAUUACCAAACUCUUCUAAAUUAAGUGAUUAGAUUACAGUUUUGUAAUAUUUCUUGUAUACUUCUCUGUGUGGUUCUUCCCCACCCUGAUCAUUCUUGUUUCUAUCUUUCAGUAUUUGAAAAUAUUUUAAAAUUCUGUUUGGAAUUCUUUACAUGAUUAAAUUUUUUGUAUGAGAAUUUCUCUGUGUUAAUUCUUGAGCAUCCAGUGCAAGUUGACUGACUAGAUUCAAUUAAGAGAAAAAGAGAAAAUUUCUUACACGACUCAAAAUGCAUGACAUUCAUUGCUUAAAUUACUAAUUUAGAUAACUUUGAAGAGAGGUUAGACAAAUUCAUAGGUGGCCAUCAGCUACAAUAAUUAAAUGCAGCCUCCAUUUUAAAGAGGCAAUAAACCCCUGAUUACUAAAUAAUAAAGAUAAACAAAGCAGUCAUCACAUUUGCGUAUAGCAAAAGCUUCUGGCUAGGGAAGUACUAUUAGACAAAAUGCUUGACUAGUAGUACCUUGAUCUACAUUGGAAAUGUAAUUAGCAACAUAUUCAAUGAAGCUUCACAUCUGUUUCCUCCAAUUUUUAAAUAAAAACACUUGAAUUACUUUCAUGCUAUGAAUUGGGUUAUUUUCAUAUAAGCAAUUGUCAGCUGUUGAAUAAUGAUGAUUUUACAUCUUUCUAUAUAAAAGCCUUAACUGUAUUCUUCCACAGCCCGUGGAGUUACCUACCUGUUUCCAGUUCAAGUAAAGACUUACAAGCAUAUUUCUGAUGGCAAAGAUGUGAUAGCCCAAGCUCGGACUGGAACUGGGAAAACCUUCUCUUUUGCCAUUCCUUUAAUUGAAAAACUUCAGGGAGAUCCCCAGGAAAGAAAAAGAGGCCGCACACCAAAGGUGAGUGAAACUGACUUAUGCUUCUUCCCCCUUCCCUUCUGCCACCCCCACAUGCCCCCAGAUGUGCUCCACAAAGUUGGGAGACCCUCCAGAGCAGAUUGGGCAGGUAGGAGGAGGAGAUUUUCACCUAUGCAGCUCUGAAUAUCUCCCACCAUGUAUAAUAGUGUAUGUUCAAGUAAAAAUAAACUUGCAAAAAUUCUGAAGAUUUAAAUAAAAGGAUAUUUCAGCCCAUACUUUUACAACACUCAAAUAACACUAACUGCAUUUCAACCAAAUUGUUUAGGUUUUGGUCCUCACUCCAACCAGAGAGUUGGCAAUGCAAGUAGCCAGAGACUUCAAAGAUGUCACAAGAAAACUCACUGUGGCUUGCUUCUAUGGAGGAACAGCAUACAAUGGACAACGUAAGAAAUCACAACAGUGUUUUUUUUGCGGUAGUAGCACUUUAAAAAAAGAAAGAAAGAAGGUUAUCUGUGUGAUUGAGGAGAAAACAAUUAAAAUGUGAAGAAAUAGUGUUACCUUUAGAUUAGGCUCUAUUAUUGCUUGUUACAUAAAUGUUAGCAUUGGUGGUGUGUUAUUAGGUGCUAAAGACACAUUCACUCUAUAUCCCUGCUUUUAAAAAGUACUUUUUUAAAAAAACGAAGUGGUACUGGUCCCCCUUUCAAACAAAACAGAACACAACAGUCUGAAGUAAAGUCAAACCUCGGCUCCCGAAUGCCUCCGUUACCAUACAUUUCGGCUCCCGAACACUGAAAACCUGGAAGUAAGUGUUCUGGUUUUCAGACGUCUUUUGGAAGCUGAAUGUCCAAUGCCAAUCAAAAGCUGUGCCUUGGUUUUUGGAUGGUUUUGAGAGUCGAACAGGCUGCCGAAACUGAUUACGUUCGACAACCGAGGUUUGACUGUACUUCACUGUUUCACUUUUCUUGUGUUCAAAGGUGUGUGGUGAAACUUGAAAGUUACCUAUAGGAAAUCAGUGUUGCUUAAUAGCUAGGAAGGGAUAUCAAAAACUGAAGAAAAUACAGUGGUGCCCCGCAAGACGAAUGCCUCGCAAGACGAAAAACUCGCUAGACGAAAGGGUUUUUCGUUUUUUGAGCUGCUUUGCAAGACGAUUUUCCCUAUGGGCUUGCUUCAAGUUUGUUUCCUUUUUCUUAACACCAUUAAUACAGUUGCGACUUGACUUGGAGGAGCAACUCAUAGAACGCGGUGUGGUAGCCUUUUUUGAGGUUUUUAAAGACUUUGGUGAUUUUUGAAGCUUUUCCAAAACUUUCCUGACACCGUGCUUCGCAAGACGACAAAACUCGCGGAACGAAUUAAUUUCGUCUUGCGAGGCACCACUGUAAUUACAGCUCCAUCCUAUGUAUUUUUACUUAGGUGGAACUAACUUCCACUGUAUUCAGUGCAGCUCAUUCUAAGGUUAAGUAAGCAUAGGAUGGCUGCCUUAGAUUAUAUCUUAAAGCAAAGGGAUUAAUGGAAGCACUGCCAAAUGUAUAUUAAAGUUACACAUUUUGGAGAGUAGCAUGCAUGAAGAUUUGGGGCGCUACCAAAGUAGUUCCUGCAAACUUUAGAACAUUGUCGUAGAUAUAAUCAUGUGUCACAGGAAACUGUUUUUGUAGAAAUGUGCUGCAGAGCUGUUUCAUCUUCACAUGGCACUUUUGUCACAAUUCGUGAAACUAAUUCUUCAGCAAUUUAAUACAUAAUCAACAUUAACUUUCCUUCUCAGUUGAUCUUAUGCGUAAUGGCAUUGACAUCCUGGUUGGGACUCCAGGUCGAAUUAAAGACCAUCUUCAAAAUAACAAAUUGGACAUUUCCAAUCUAAAGCAUGUUGUCCUGGAUGAAGUUGACCAGAUGUUGGACAUGGGAUUUGCGGAACAAGUAGAGGAAAUUUUAGCAUAUGCGUAUAAAAAAGGUAACUACUUCAUCUGUUCACCUGUAAUGGCAAGCCAUAGAGCUCUUUUGUAUCUGGAUCUGUUUGCUCAGCAGACAUUGUGCUGUCCACAUUAGUCUCUCACCUGAAUUGAAAGUACUGUGGAGGAUUGGUCAAUCUGUAGUGGAGGAUUAAAUUUGAAAGCAAUUUAGUCUUACUCUCUUUCAGUGUCAGAGGACUUUAAAUAUAAUUUGAGCCCAGUGCAUAAUAUAGCAUAUAAAUGAAAAAAAUGAGCUAUAUGUACAUUGGGUUAAAAUUAUUAUGAUACUUUAGUUUUAGAUUUAAAAGUUAUUUUUAAGUAUUUUGAAAUACCCAGUGUCACACAUUGCUUCUAAAAGGGAAUGAUGCUCUAUAAAGGUUUGGUAUGGGGUUGUGUUCCUAAUGGCAUUUCAAUAAUUUUUUUAAUUGGAGCUUAUUAAAACUAGAACAGGAAAAUGCUCACAAGUAAAGCAUGAGACACUGGAUAUACAAGAGAUGUGCAUUCAUUUGGGUUUCUAUUUUAUACUCUACAUCUGCUUCUGUUGAAUAGUAAUACCUUGAGUGCACAUGUUGAGAAUUAUCAGGAAGUAAGAGUGCACAAAUGUUAAUGUAAUUUCUUCUCUUAUUCUGAGUGGCGUUUUGCCUCUAUUAUGGAUACGAUGAUUAUAGAUUUUCCUGUAUUUUUAAUCAUGGAAUUUAGUUUAAUUGCUUUAACUUUGUAUGACACAAUAUUUGUUUUGUGUUAAAGAUUCUGAAGACAAUCCACAGACGUUACUCUUUUCUGCAACUUGCCCACAUUGGGUUUAUGAUGUAGCAAAGAAAUACAUGAAAUCUAGAUAUGAGCAAAUUGAUCUUAUUGGAAAGAAGACUCAAAAGACUGCAAUGAAUGUAGAAGUAAGUAAUUUCUUCCAGUGAAACAAGAUUAAAUUUGUGUGUACCAAGUGUAAUUCUUUUCUUUAAAAAGCAAGCAAACCCACAGUAAAGAUAAUUGGGUUGGAUCCAAAGUUGGUUAUACUUCGGUCAUACUGAAAUCAAUUUCAUUUAAGUCAUAACUUAUGGCCCACUCCUAGGCAUGUCAACUUAGAAGCAAGUCCUAUUGAAUUCACUGGGGCUUACUCCCAGGUAAACAGGGCUAAGAUUCCAGCCUAACUUGUACCAUUGAUUUCAGUGGGAGGAAUGUUCAACUAAUUUAGCCUUUAGUCAUAGCUUCUUUUAUUGCUAACCAGCAUUAAUUUCAUUUUCUGACAGCAUUUGGCUAUUGAAUGUCAUUGGUCCCAGAGAGCUGCAGUCAUUGGAGACGUUAUUCAAGUCUACAGUGGUAGUCAUGGACGUACCAUCAUAUUUUGUGAGACCAAAAAAGAAGCAACUGAACUGGCCCUGAAUGCCUCAAUAAAACAGGUGCAAUGACCCUCAUUUCUGUAAAGGAUUGCUACAAAUUCAACUUAGCUUGAGCUGACUGUGGGAAAGGGUGUCUUGCUUAAGUGGAUGCCAUUUUGGCAGUCUCACAGUGCAAGUAUCCUGUUUUCUGCAUGAAUGUAUUCAUGCAGCUAUGGAUAUUUUAGACAUCACACUUUUCAUGCAAAGGGGGGAAAAAUAGAAAAUGGGUAUGUCAGAAUUCAGGGAAAAUAUUCUCUUGCAUCCAAGAUCUGUCAGAGCUCAUUUAAAUUGCUUUUGGGGUGGGAAGGAAACUGAUCCUUGUCAUUUGUCACUUCUGCCAAUAAUCUCCCAUUAACUCUGUUUUAUGUACUUAGGAUGCACAGUCUUUACAUGGUGAUAUUCCACAAAAGCAGAGAGAAGUUACACUGAAAGGCUUUCGCAAUGGAUCAUUUGGAGUUCUGGUUGCAACCAAUGUAGCUGCCCGAGGUUUAGAUAUCCCAGAGGUUGAUCUGGUAAUACAAAGUUCACCACCAAAGGUAAAUUACUAGUUCCUAGUGGAAAGGAGAGAACCCCCUUUAAUUGUAUGUUCAUGUUGCAGGCCAGAGGUAGCUUACUUAAAGUGACAGAUAACAUUGGAGACCACAUGUAGUGUUUUGUGCAAUCUGUCUUUCAUUUUGCAUAACUAAACGCUCUUGCAUGUCAGUAAACGUGAAUGUUUGGCUUCUCUGUAGCUUUUUCAUAAGAUUAAUAUAAGCAUUUCCCACAACUUUUCAUUUGUGAAGGAUGUAGAGUCCUAUAUUCAUCGUUCUGGGCGCACAGGUCGAGCUGGCCGAACUGGGAUGUGCAUCUGUUUCUAUCAGCGCAAGGAAGAUUAUCAGCUGAGACAAGUAGAACAGAAAGCGGUAAUUAUCUUCUUCCAACAUUUUUGUGUCAUUUAUACGUUGGAUAUCUAAGCCGUUGGCAUGUGUCUCCAAGGGUGGCUUUUCACUUGAAUAAUAUACAUAUUCUUAUUCUUAACUUCAGGGGAUUACAUUUAAACGCGUGGGUGUUCCUACAGCAACGGAUAUUAUUAAGGCUUCCAGUAAAGAUGCUCUCAGGUACUUCAUUCUUUGUUUAUAUUUUGAACUUAAUGCAGUGUCCAGCGCAUGUCACGAGUUUCCAUUAACCAUAUCUGUCCAAGAUCAGAUCAGGAUAUUGACUUAAUGAAGACAGAUUACAGAUUCUGCUUCACAGCCUUCUAUUUUAGCUCACAAGAACAGUAGCACUGUUGCACAUUUUUGUUUCUUUGCAGCAUGAUAAUCAGCACUUUUGUCAGCUGUGGAGAGUAUGUAUGUGGGUGUGUACUGAUUUGAUCUGAAUUUGUCAGGAAAAACAAAAAAACAAAUUACUGGAGGCAUACGGGGAAGUUUGGGUGAUAAUCUAGGGGUUGCAUCCAGCUGGUCUUCCCCCUCUGUGUUCUCCAUGCUCCUCAAAAGGCUGACGCAGAGUUUUGGGGAGUGAGGGGACUCGCCUGAACAACAUGGGGAGAGGAAAAUGAUUUAUCUACCCACUUCUGUUGUAGUCCAGCAUAUACUGUUGAAUGGAGCUCCGUAAACCUCUGGAGAAUCUUUUUGUAGAAGGCAAAGUGAGAAGAGGAGGAGAUUAUGCAGGUCACCUUCUGUCAGCCAUUGGAUACAACCCUAGAAUUCCAAAGCUGCAAUCCUGUACAUGUUCUGAAGUAAGCCCCAAAAUAGUGGGGUUUGCUCUCCAGUAAGUGUAUUCAGGAUUGCAGCCUUGUUUAAGCUUCAGUAUCUCCUGUGUUAUAAAAUGUACACUUCUCAUUUCAGCAGUUUACAUGACACUGACUAAUCUUUUGCUCAGAUCUUUGGAUUCCGUUCCUCCAUCUGCCAUUGACCACUUCAGACAGGCAGCUGAACGGCUGAUAGAGGAAAAGGGGGCAGUGGAAGCUCUGGCUGCCGCACUGGCUCAUAUUUCUGGAGCUACUUCCAUUGAACAGCGUUCUUUGCUCAACUCGGAUGCGGUAAAUAUGGCAUGCAGUUGCAUAACAUUUAUAUAGUCUAAGAUCUAUUUUAAGGAUAAUCCUAGUCAAACUUUCCUGAAAGGACUCUCCAUUAUUUGGGUGAGAACACAGCAAAACUGCCACACCCAAAAGGUCACACACACACACCCCAACAUACUGAAUGUACCAAUACAUUUUCUUUUUGACAAAGGACUAGCCAGUGUGGUAUAAUGGUUAGAGUGUUGGACUGGGACCUGGGAGGCUUCAAGUCCCCACUCGGCCAUACAGUUCACUCAGCCUAGCCUACCUCACAGGGUUGUUGUGGGGAUUAAAUGGGAGAGGACCACAUACGCCACCUUGAAUUGGAGAAAAAGGUGGGAUAUAAAUGCAACAAACUUAAGUAAAUGAACAAAUAAUAUUUGAGCCAUAAUUAAGUGAUUGUGCAUGGGCCCUGUAAUUCCUUCUUUGGCAGGGAAUCUUUUCCUCCUACCGCCAAGGAUAAAUUGUAUAACUGGCCUCCCAAUGAGGAUGUAUUAAGGAUAUUAAAUAUAGAUUGGUUUUAUAAAAGCUAAACAGACUAUUUGGUAGUUUCACUGAAUUAUUGUGGAACCCUUUUUGUACCCUAUGUUGUUGUUUUUAUUAUUAUUAAUAAUAAUAAUCAAAUUCUUAUACCUCACCCUUUAUCUGUGGAUAUUAGGGCGGUUCACAGCAUAAAAAUACAAGAUAAAAACACAUAAUAAAAACAAGGAACAAAACAAUAACCCCAGCGCCCUCUCAAAAACACAAUAUAUAGGAUGUCAGUCAGCCAAAAGCCGGUUGAAUGGGAAUGUUUUCACUUGGUGCCUAAAGUUGUAUAAUGAAGGUGCCAGGAGAAUCUUCCACAAACAGAGAUUCGACAAAUCUUCCCAGUAUAAAGGCCCUGUCAUGCAUCACCCCCUAUCAGAUAGCCCCCGUUGACAACAACAACAACAAGGCCUUGCCUUAUUGUAAGGUCCAAAUAUGGUUGAUAUUGGGGAAGGUACUCUAUUAGAUACUUGGGCCCCAAGCCACUUGGGGCUUUAUAUAGGCUAGUACUCUACUAACACCUUGAAUUUGGCCUGGUAGUUCACUGACAGCCAGUGUGGUUCUUUCAGGACUGGUAGCACAUGUUCUUAUCAGGCUGCCCCACUUACAACCUAGCAGCCAUUAGUUGUAAUGUAAAGACCUUUAUCAAAAGCUCUUAACAAUUAACCGGUUAUAUCCCUCUGGUGUUACUGUAAAUGUCUAUUGCUGCUUGCUUUUUAAAAGGGUUUUGUGACCAUGACACUUCAGUGUUCAGUAGAAAUGCACACCAUUGGCUAUGCUUGGCGAGGUCUGAAAGAACAGCUGGGUGAGGACAUUGACAGCAAAGUGUCCCGAAUGCGCUUUCUUAAGGGGAAGACGGUAAGAAAUAUUGACCUAGACAUUUUGUAGGUAUUUGCUAGUUGAGCAUUUUAUAGUAUUUGUUUUUCCUCAUCUGUUCUGAUAACAUGCAAAGCACAGGUUUUGCACUUGAAAACCAAAAUGGUAUUGGUUAAAUGAUAUGAGGAUGAAUUUUAUAAUUAGAGUUAGUGUUGUCGUAGGAUAGAACAUAUUAUGUUGGAAAUAUGCAGAGUUGAAUCAUCACUUUUAUGUGGCUGUGAAUAAGGAUUACAGAGCAUGUUCUAACAUUCAUAAAAUGUUAGGUAGUAAGGGUUAUUUGAUCUGCUUUAUAAGUGAUGGAAUAAAAUACAAUCACUUCUUUGUGUAGACUUCAUAUUUUUGCAGGGAAUUUUUCAAGUACUGUACAGUUAUUACUUCUGGUUAAUGUUAAUGGCUGACAAAUCCUUUUCUCCUUCUUCAUUUGACUUGUGUUUAGUUAUUAAAAAACCAGCCAUCUGUGUUUAUCCUCAUCAAACUAGUAGCCUUUUCUGGUUCUUAAUGCUGGUCUGUAAAAUACUUGGCCUUCGCCGGUACCUGAACUAUUCACUUAGACGCUGCUCUAUAAUUUUUUUGUACAAAUCAAAUGCCGGCACUUUGUCAGGCACUUACUGUUGCAUCUUAAUAUGUGAACUAAUAAGUUUGCCUUCUUCAAAGUGUUGCAGAUUUCUUUGUUUAAUGCCUGACGGUCAGUGUCUCUCUCUUGUAUUCAGGGUGUGUGCUUUGAUAUUCCUGUUGCUGAACUAAAUAAAGUACAGGUGAGAAAUUGCUACUUAAUGGAUUUUUAAGUUUUUUCCACUUUAUUAUUAAUACAUAAAUGAAGAAAUACGACCUGCUAUCACUAUAAACACAUUAAAUUGGAAAUGUUGCAUUUUAGGAAGGAAGAAAUUGGUUUUAAGAAAUUUAAUCAAGGGGUGAAAUGGAACCUGAUAGUUUCUACUCUUUUUUAUCAUUAAAUACUUGUCUGAGAUUCCAUUCCAUUCAGAGCAACACCAUCAUGUGGUUAAAACAUGUAUUUUAUCAGAUUAUUUCAGUGGCUGAAUAACAUUUAUAAAGUGUUAUCUAAACCAUUGUUUCCCAAACUUGUGUUUCCAGCUGUUUUUGAUCUAAAGUUCCCAUCAUCCCUGGCCACUGGUCUUGCUUGCUAGGGAUGAUGGGAGUUGUAGUUCAAAAGCAGCUGGAAACAAGUUUGGGAAACUGAUCUAAACACUAGUUAAAGUAAGAAACAUGGCUUCUUUUUUUACAGAAAUGCUCGCUUUUGGAAGUUUUGUUACCUUGAGGUGUCAAGAGGCAAUAUAACAAUACUUUUCUUAACUUACUUUGAUGCCGGGGGGGUGUGUGGAAUCUUCCAUGUAGCUCAGAAAACUUCUAUCCCUUUAUUUUAUGUGAUGUUUGCAAAUACUGGUUUGUAAAUUCAGUGCCGAUUGUAGAGAUAACAUAUAUAUAUAUAUAUUUAUUAAAUCUGCAUUAGCAUACAGCCAUAGCAAAAUAAGACAAUACAAAAAAUGUUGGGGACAAGCAACCAAGCAAAAUUCAAAGCGAUAUUGCUGGCGUAAUGACAUUUAAAACACCCUAAGACAAUAAUACAAAGAUUUGGUUGCCAGCACCAAAAACUAGUAUGCGGAUAUAAAUAAAGCAUAAAAUGGCCCCAAAAUAGGCUCAGCACAUUGAGUUAAAAAGGUAAUAAAAGAAUUAAACAGGUCCAGGACUAGGGCACACUACCCUGUCAGAGUAGCCCUGAGUUUCAGAGCCUGCACUAUGAAGAUUGCCACCCCACGUGAAAUUUGGGGAUUUGCGUCCACAAGAAGUGCUUUCAGACAGUCUUCCUUAGAUGAAAUGGAGGACGGGAUCAAGAGGAGGAGCUUAGGUCUUAUUGGGUCAUAAAUAGGGCAGUAGAAAAAGAAAUGUAUGAAGUCCUCUACUUCAUUCAUUGUGCAUGGACAUAGACGCUGAGUAAUAGGGGUCUUAGAGUAGGUCCCCUGCAAGAAGGCCGUGGGUAUAGAAUGAAAACGGGCCAUUGUAAACGCUCUUCUCAAAUUGGGCUCCGUCAGGUCUAUCAAGUAGUUGGCAAGUGAUCUUACCACUUUCACUUUAGGGAGCCACAUGGAGAGGCGAGCUGAGGUGGACUGUGCCCGGUCCAUGGCCUCAUCUCUUAUAAGAAUCCAGUCCCGGAUUUUAUGUUGGUCCCAAGAUGACAACGUGUCGAAUUCUGGGAGGGAGUAGCGUACAGUAAUAGUCUCCAUGGCCUUGGACCAUUUGUUGGAGUGAGAACAAGUUAAAAAGGCUUGCCUGGCUAGUAGGGAACCUGGGGCAUUGAUUAAUUUGCAAUAAAAACUAAUAAUUCUAAUAUGGGCUCUCGCAACAAUGGAGGGGAGGCCCAGUUCUGUUCUUAACUGAGCAGCAACCGAGCCCUUGGGGAGACCCAGUAUCUUUCGUGCAAAAGAGUUUUGUAGAAUCUCCAGCCGUUGAAGUGUUUUUAAAUUCCACCCCCAGAUUUCAACCCCAUACAGUAGCAUCGGGAGGACUUUGCUAAUAAAUGCUUUUCUGAUUGGUGGAACCAACUGGCCGCCUUUUGCAUAGAAGAAUUUCUCCAAGGCUUUGAUGGUUCUACGGGCAGCCAGGAUGGUCAUAUUUAGGUGAGCUGACCAGCUAAGCCCAUGCUGAAAAGUGAUUCCCAAAUACUUGAAAGCUGAGCAAUAUUCAAUAGAGUGGCCCUCAAAGUUCCAGAAUGACUUCCGAGUUUUCGUGCCAAAAGUAAGAAUUUUGGUUUUGGCGAAAUUGAUUUUGAGGGAAUUGGUAUCACAAUAUGUCAUGAGCCCUCUGAGCAUGUUGUUUAAGCCCUGCUUGGUUAAAGACAGUAUCACCAUGUCGUCCGCAUAGAGUAAUAUGGGGAUCUUGAGCUGUUGUAGAGAGGGGGCAGAUUGAUUUAGGGCCUGCAUAGUUGUAACGAUGUCGUUGAUAUAGAAAUUGAAUAGAAAAGGGGCCAAGAGGCAGCCCUGUUUGACCCCUUUAUUCAGAGGGAAAGAAUCAGAAAGAGCUCCCAGGGGGCCGAAUUUUACUCUGGCCGAUAUGUCAUUGUGAAUUUCCAUAAGAAGAAGGAGGAGUCUCUUAUCUAUGUUGGUGUAACUAAGCUUCUGCCAUAGCCUAUCUCUGGGAAUGGAGUCAAAAGCGGCGGUCAGGUCCACAAAAGCCGCGUGUAGUUUGCAGUUAAACCUGUUUAGGUAUUUAUCAAUCAGGGUAAAUAGAACAAGACAUUGGCCAGAUGUACUGUGACCUUUACGGAAGCCAGCCUGUUCCGGGUGGAAUAGCUUUGUUUCUUCUGCCCACUCGAUUAAUUUCUCUAGCAAGAAUCUAGAGUAAACCUUGUAUGAUAUGUCUAGCAGGCUGAUGGGUCGAUAGUUACGCGGAUCUUGUGGGUCCCCCUUUGUAUGUAUUGGGAUGACUAUGCUCUGUUUCCAAUUUGGCGGGAUCUUAAGAGUGGCAUUAAUAGUGGUAAAGAGAGAUGCAAAAAUAGGGGCCCACCACAUCUGGUUCGAUAAGAAUACCUCGGGUGGAAUCAUAUCCUCCCCCGGGGAUUUAUCCCCUGAUAACAUGCUAAUUAGUUGUACACAUCUCUCUGGGGAGACUGGCUCCCAGGUGGGCAAGGGAGAUGCAGGAAGAGUGGAAACUGCGUUUACGUCGGAAUCUGGGGCAGAAUACAGCUGAGCAAAGUGAGAGUGCCAACUGGCUGCUGUGAUGUUAUUAACGAUGAAUGAGGGGGGUCUUAAACCUGCAUUAAUUAAAUUCCAGAAUUUCUUGUCGUCACGGGUUUUAAUGGCCACUGACAAUGCCGUCCAGCGUUCUUUCGCAAAGAUCAAUUUCUUAUGUUGGAGCAACUUCUUGUAGUAAGAACGGAAUUGGGCUAACUCCCUGAUUUUGCUCUGGGUGCUGUCUGAUUUCAUAUCAGACUGAAGAAAUCUAAGCCUACUUCUGCACUGUUUGCAUUCUUGGUCGAACCAAGUUUGGUUCUUCCAGGUUAGACUCGCACGGGAGGGUUUCGUAAGUGUUGGGAGCAAGUAGGCUAGAAUUUGUUGGAAACUUGAGAAAUGAUUCACAUUCAUUGUUACCAGCUGAGCUUUCAGGGCUAGGAUCUCAGGGGAAUUUAGGAGGACUUUUAUGUCUUGCUCCAAAUAGAUAUCCCACUUCUUACGACCGGGGCUAAGGUCAGUGAAUCCUGGUGGGGAGUGAGCUGGGGAGCCCCAGCUGUGUGUGGUGGAAGGAGAUGGCAAUAGGAAGGUGGUCACUUUCGGUUCUGUUGAACACAUUGAAACAAUAUGCCUUAUCAUUAAGUGCCGAAAAGGACCAGAUAUAAUCUAUAACGCUUGCCCCUCUAGAUCCUAGAAAAGUAUAGUAUCCCCGGACCAGUCUUUGGGUGUACCAUGCAAGCUGUGCAGCCCGCAGUUAAUGGUAAACUCCAACAGUAUGAUGCCAGCCCUAUUAAUGGUCUUGUCAUGUGAAUUCCACGUAGGAAACCACUCCUCUUCUAUGAAUAGUUGCGACUUAUCGGUGAAUGAGCUUAUAUCUGCUCCGAUUCUGGCAUUAAAGUCCCCCAUUAUGAGGAUCUCUGACUUUGGGAAUUCAGCCACAGAUUUAUCAAGGAUAAAUCUUAGAUCCUCCCAAAACCGAUUUGUAUGGGAAGAGGAGUAGGUAGAUGGAUUGUACAAAUUAACACAUAUGAAGUCCCCAACCGGGCUGUUAGUGAUGUGCAAAGUUUGAAUACAAUUACUCUCUAACCAAAGGAGAGGAGAGAUAUUAAGAUGAAGCUCCUGCGAAACAAAUGUUACCAGGCCUCCACUAGGGCGCCCAUACAAAUGUGUUUUGGUCGCAGGAAUCACAAAAGCAUCAUAGCCCAGUAGGGAAGGGGGGGGUGACGAUUCUAAGCACCAGGUCUCUUGUAUACCCAUAAUCUGGAAUUUCGCUAAAAACUCUAUCAUAUCCCCGCCAUCCUGUUUGGACGUCCAUCCCGCCACGUUCCAGGAUAGCACAUUGAAGCAGUUUGGGGAGGGACUAUGUGCUAGUCAGAUACUCUGGUUGCUGGUGGAAGAAGCAUUGCCAAGGGUCUGAGACCGCGCCAGGCGUGAUACAGCCGAAGGUAUCGAAGGGGUGGUAAUUUGAUUGAUGUGGCCAGCAGGGUCUUCAAUAAAGCCUGAGCUGUCUCUUUGCACAGUGGCUUCCUUAACGUUUAUAUAUUGGCUUGAAGAGGUUACGGAUACAAGAGGAUCUACCAAGCGAGGUUGACUGACAGAGGACGAGGAUAUACAGUCAUCUGCCUGGACCGCACUGAAUGAGGACUCCAGGUCAGGCAUGGAAGAAUAGGACAUUGACAGAUUACCUGGAUGAAUGGUGUUUGGCAUAUUGCUCUUUAAGGCGAGGGACGAGGUAGUUGAUUGCAAAUCUAUUAGUAGAGGUGAAGAGGAUCUGCGUUGCGACGGUGUAUGAGGAGCUUCCGCCAGACAGACUGCCAUAUCAUCCGUUAUUGGAGUCCCAGUGAUUGGCAGGGGUUUCUGGGGUGUUAGCCCCUUCAUGACUGCGUUCCUUUGAUUUAAUAGGUUGCUAUGACCAGGUUUUGAAGAGAUUUUCUCUUGAAGUACAUGUGUAAGUUGCUGCUUGAGUGUAUCAAGCCUGUUUAUAACUUCCUGCUGUUCUACUAAUGGCAACUCGCCGUAGGAUGAAAUAAGGUCCCUCUCCUCUGAGGAAGCCAGAUGACUGGGUCCGCUUUGGUCAUGCUUCUCUGUUGCUGGAGUAGAUAAACCAGGAAGCUUGGGCUGAGAGGGAGGGUGAGGUUCCUGGGUGGACGGCUUGAGUUUCAAGACUAUGUCGCGCCUGUCUGGCGAGCGGAUACCUUUUUGUACGAUGCUACGGAAAAGAGGUUUAGUCCUGGUAUCAUUAAAGACUCUCGUUGGGAAGAUGCCCCAGGAGGCCAAUAACGCUUUGCGCCUAACCAGUAUGGAGGGAAUUUUUGGUGACUGGAAGGAGAGCAGUACUUUUUGGAACCGAUGGUGGUAGUAUAAAGGUUUCACUGUACUGAGAUCUAUUAGCGGAGGCCUAAUCUGAAGGAGUUGCCUUAGAUGAUCUUUGACCUCUCUCGGGUUAAUCCACCUUGGGGCCCUGGGGUCACUGCUGCGUAUAGUUAGACAUAUUUUGUUUGGUUGUAAGAUCAGAGAUUGAAAGUCCAGUUGAGAUUUUAGGAGAUGAACACCAGUACCACUUUCAUGUCUAACAGGGAGGUACACCACUGUCUCUUUAAAUCCCUCGGAGGCAGAGUGAGGUUGUGCUGCAGCUCCAGCAAAUGGGCCUCAAGCUUUUGGUGGAGAUUAUUCACCUGCAUGGAGAUCCCAUUUAUGCUCUUAAAGAUGCAGCGCAGGGUCCUGGUUAUUAAUUGGAAGUGCUCGAAUCCCAAACCAUCGCCCAGGGCCAACUCGGACUCUCCCCUCGAGGCGACUCCCACUUCUCCGCCAUCAUCAUUAGCAUUCCUCGUUGCCCUCGAUUACAACCCCUCAUCCUCUACAUAGGGGUCGAGUUCAAUCAAAGGAUCAAAACGAUUGUGAGUUUCAACCGUGUAGCUAUCUUCCUUGUUAUUUCUGCUACAGUUAAGAAAGAAGGAAUCAAUCUUAGACUGUUUGGGCCUCGGGGGAGGCAUUGCCUCAUCCAGGUCCCUUGGCCGCUUGCCAUGGCCCAUAGUGGAGAUUAGGAGAGAUAUCCGCAAUAAUUGGAAUUGUCUUAAUGCACCUUAGAGAGUAUUGCGGGAGGCAGAGGAGUGGUGAGCGAAGAAAAUAAGAUAAAGUUCGUUGCUUACUUACAAUUCUCAAUCAAUUGUCCACAAGUACAUGAAGAUACAAUCCUAAUUUGAAGCGUUCAAGGAAGUUCUGGUGAAGGCUUCUCUGCCUUCCUCCCAGGGAGCGACAAUUGUAGCCAGUAGACAAAACUGCAAGUCAGUCACAGAGGCAGGCUUCAACGGGCGUCCAUUGUUGGGGUAAAUCAGGUUGAGCAGUAAAACAAUAAAACAAUAAACCAAAAACAAGGAGAGGUGGUAAGGCAGCCAGGAAGGUGUUAAAAAUGUGAGAUUAGAAUCAGGAUGUGGCUAAAACUACUUAAAAACUACUUAAAAACUACUUAAAAGCUUAACUGAAGGCAGGAGCUCUAACUAUGCUGCUGUCUCAGUCGCCAUCUUGGCUAUUCAAUCGUAGAGAUAACAAAAAAAUUGUUUUUUAUUAGCAAACAUGGCAGGAUACAAGACGCUGGCAACUUUCUGUGGCAACGGAAUUGCCCGAGCUUGAAGAAUCACGUGACAGCGGCCGAAGUGGUGGCUCGGAUUUCAGGAAUGGAAGGCGAGGUGGCGGCUCCAACAGGCAUGACCGAUUCAGAAACAGGGGCCAAAAAAGAAGCCAUAGCCGGGCUUUUUGA